AUGUGUUAUGUGGGUAAAGCGACCAAGAUCUUCAUCUUCAUCAUCACAGUUCUUGUGGUCACCGGCCUUGUCUUGGGAUUUGGGCUUCUAAGGCAUGCCGUACAGAAAUCUCAUAAAUGCUCCGGCGACUCUUGCCGGGAUUCCUCCAGAGUUUUCCCCGAUCCCAACCCUGUUAAUCCCUUCUCUAAUCCAAGUCCCAACCCAAGUUCAAGCCCAAGCCUAAGCCCACCUCCACCUCCACCUCCACCGCCACCUAACUCAAACCCUAGCUCAAAUCCGAGCCCUCCGCUACCGCUACCGCCACCGCCUCCAUCUCCUCCUUUGCCUCCACCACCGCCGCCGGUUGUUGCAACGGCUCCACUGCCAUUGAUCAGUCCUCCGAGCCCAGUGUUGGUCACUCCAGAUCAGAUGGAUUAG